GCUAAACAGGAAUGGAAUUUAACAAAAUGAAAUGCAAAUCUUUGGAUGCUUGGCAUUUUACUUCCCAUUCAAGUCUCUGAGGCCCAACUAUCAGAAGAUGUAUUCACUACUUAUAGAUUACUUACUUAUAACUUAUUGAUUAUAAGUGUAAGAACUGUAUGAUGAGAACAGUGCGGAGACUUGUGUAUGUCUGACCUUUUAGGAGGCAGGAGGCGACAGCUCGUGUAGCCCAGGAUGGUCCCUAAUCACUGUGCUGGCAAAGAUGACUUUGAAUUCCUGACCCUCUGGCUCCAUUUCUCAAGUAUUAGGACCACAUCCAUGAACGCUAGGCAAGCAUCUACAUCCCUAGUCUCUUUUUCAGAAAAAGAACGUAUUAAUAUACUAAUGGCAGAGAAUUUUUUGUAGUUUGUUGAGACAUAGCUGUGUGCUACCAUAUCUGUCUCAGCAUACAGGUUGUUAAAUUUUAAAAAGGAAGAAAAAGGAACACAAGUCUGGGCUAUCCAAAAUUACCAGCGGCUGGGAAACCGGCUAAUGUAACCAGGUUGUGAAUGAAAACAUUAACUUCCGGCCAGUGUGUUCUGCUGGCUCGCCGCUGCCCCUGUAAACGGUGCCAUGACCUAGUCACCUUCAUAAGCAUCCUCUAGGACCGCACUGGCUAUGAUGCACUCUCCUGUGACCUAGGCCUAGGAUGGUCAGCAGGGCACGAGGUAACGAAGGUGGAAAAGCCUCUGCUGACAGCCCCAAGAGGAAUUUAAAACAUAAUAAUCACUGGGGCUGAUAAUCAGAACCACUUUUAUCAAAUGUCUUUGAGUAUGUCAAAGAUUACGUGAAGUCACUCAAAGGUAAAUGAGGAACAGAGACCAGAAAUUGCAAAAUCUUUCUGUCAGGGAUGCAGAGUAAAUGAAGCACAUCUCGGCUAAGUUAAAUAACUACCAGGUUUUCACAGGGAACAUGUGAAUCAAAAUGCAGGGUGUCAGUCCUAACAUAAAAGAUGAUGAGGCUCUAGGCAGGAUGUUAAUGACGGCCUAGAAAUGGAAAGUAUUAACCAACUGGGAUCUAUUACAUACAUACGAUGACACCUGGCUGGUGCCUGUCAACAAACAAUACCAGGGCAGAAGAUAAUGGAACUAGUAUCAUAGUGAGCAUGAAUGCAGACACAUGCACAUUGCACUGUGUGUAUGGAAUUCACAGGACAACUUCUGGGUUGUUGAAUGCCGUCCACUUUGUUUCAGACAGGCUCUUUCUUGUGAUUUGUAUCUCACUGCAAUCCAGGCUAGGUGGUGUACACCUUUUUAGACGAUAUUCCCCUUUCUACCUCUAUCUUGGCCUAAGAGCAGUGAGACUACAGAUGUGUACUAUAGAAUUGGUUUCCAUGAAAAUCCAGGUCAUCGGGGCUUGGCAGACAAGCAAUUUUACCUACAGAGCCACCUCAGGUUUCUUUAGAAGAUUUAUUUUUUGUUUGUGUUUUUCUUACACAUGUUCAUACAUGUGUCAUGUUCAUGCCUGGUGCCGGGAAGUUCAGAAUAGCGUGUCAUAUCCCUUUGACCUGAAGUUACAAAUAGCUGUGAGCUGCCACGUGCAUGCUGAAACGACAACUGGGGUGUGUCCUCUGGGAGAGGAGCACUUAAGUGUUGCUGAGCCAGCUUGUAUUUGGAGUAGAGGCACUGUUUUGGAAGACCAGUUUCUGAGGGCUGCUCUGAUCUCUGUGAACAUGUGCACAUGCACAUUUGUGCAUAUAGACACACAUACAUAAAUGUAAUUAAGAGCAAACUCUUGUAAUUCAGAAUAUCCAACACCCUCGUACAUACACACACACUGGAAAAACACCAAAGCACAUGAAAUAAAAAUAAUUAAUUAAAGUUUAUAUAUUCAAGCACUCUUUAGAAGCAUACAUCCUAAAACUGGAAUGGUAAAUGGAGAGAUAGCUCAGCGGUUAAGAGCACCCGACUGCUCUUUCAGAGGUCCUGAGUUCAAUUCUCAGCAACCACAUGGUGGCUCACAAUCAUCUGUAAAGAGAUCCGAUGCCCUCUUCUGCUGUGUCUGAAGACAGGUACAGUGUACUCAUAUAUAAUAAAUGAAUAAAUCUUUUUUAAAAAAUGAGUAUAGCAGAUCAAGGAGAAAAAUAAAAUAAAAACCUAAAGAGUCACUUUAUCUGAAAAAGAAAAGUCAAAUAAAGUAUAAAGAAAGUUUCUAAAACAUACUAAUCUUGAAGUAAAAUUAAGGCCAUAUCUAGGGCUGGAGAGAUGGCUCAGCGGUUAAGAGCACGGACUGCUCUUCCAGAGGUCCUGAGUUCAAAUCCCAGCAACCACAUGGUGGCUCACAGCCAUCUGGAAUGAGAUCUGAUGCCCUCUUCUUAUGUGUCUGAAGUCAGCUACAGUGUACUUAUAUAAAAUAAAUAAAUCUUAAAAAAAAAAAAGGCCAUAUCCAUCCAUUAAUCUCACUGGAUAUGAUACCCAAGUAUCUCUCUUGCCUGUCUUUUACCUGUGCCUAGACACCAAGGAUCAUUCUGGAAAAAAUUAAAACAUCACUCACCCAAUGUAUAUUUAUUGAUAAACAGGUAAAAUCAAUUUAUAAAAUACUGUAUGCCCUUUCCUCUAGUGGCAGCCAUCAGGAUCCGUGUCCGCCGCGGUGGUCACAAGCGCCCAGUUCCUAAGGGUGAAAACUACGGCAAGCCUGUCCACCACGGUGUUAACCAGCUGAAGUUUGCCCGAAGCCUUCAGUCUGUUGCUGAGGAGAGAGCUGGGUGCCAUUGUGGAGCUUUGAGAGUCCUGAAUUCCUACUGGGUUGGUGAAGAUUCCACAUACAAAUUUUUUGAGGUUAUCCUCAUUGAUCCAUUCCAUAAAGCUAUCAGAAAAAAUCCUGACACCCAAUGGAUCACCAAACCAGUCCACAAGCACAGGGAGAUGUGUGGGCUGACAUCAGCUGGCUGCAAGAGCCGUGGCCUUGGAAAGGGCCACAAGUUCCACCACACCAUUGGUGGAUCUCGACGUGCAGCCUGGAGAAGGCGCAACACUCUUCAGCUCCACCGUUACCGCUAGUACACGUAAUAUUUGUAAAAUUCACAUACAAUAAACAACUUAAGACAGUAAAAAAAAAAUACUGUAUGAAGACAAGUAUGAGAAAGUAUAUAGUUUUGGCAAUGUAGGCAAUGUUUUUGUCAAUAUGCCUAUGACCUCAGAAAAAGGUUGAGGCAGGAAUAUCUCAAGCUUGAGAUCAGUUUAGGCUACAAAAAAGUAGCCUUGUCAUUUGAAAGCAGGAAGAAACAUGUAUUUCAUCUAUAGGGGUAUCAGACACAAACUAUAAGUUACUAUGAAAUCUUCUGGAAAGCACUAACGAGAGCAAUGAACAAUCUCUAGCACGUUCUGGGCAAUUUCAUGAGAUGAAAGCAGUUAAAACUGACCUGCACGGAGUCAGGGAGAAGAAAAUCUGAAUACAAAGGAGAGGAUGACUAUAGAAAUACUGACAGAAAUCAUCUGAGAACUAAUGACAAAAUGACUUAAGGGCUGGAGUGAUGGCUCUAACAUUGUAUACUCUUCCAGAGGAUCCAGGUUUGAUUCCCAUCACUCACACGGCAGCUUACAACCAUUGCUAACUCCAGUUCCAGUGGGUCCAACACCCUCUUCUGACUUCAGUGAGCACCAGGCAUAAAUAAGGUGCAUAUACAUACAGGUAGUCAAAACAUUUAUACACAUAAAUCUAAAAAAAUAAAAGAAAUUGGUAUGGAUAAAUACCAUCCACAGUGUGAAAUAACAAGCCAAAGAAUUAAAGGAAAUAUUUAUAAAUUAUAUACCUAUAAGAAAAUAGAGUAUAUGAAAGAUUCUUUACUGACAGCCAUGGUGGCACAUGCUGUUAACUACAGCACUCAGAGGGCAGAGGCGGGAUGACCGCUGUGAGUGCCUUGACAACGUGGUCUACACUGGCAGGCCAGAGCUACACAGUGAGAACUGUCUCAACACUGCCAUCCAACCUCGAUGAACAAUGGACAACAAAUAACCCAAUCAGCAACAGACCAAGUACAUCCUAGCUUGGUGCUAAAGUCCUACAGCUAAAGACAAUACAUAUUCUGACUACAAAUCUCUAGAGCUGGCUCAGCAACUCUCUCUCUGGUAGCCAGCUUUCAUAGUCACAGAGGUGCUGUGCUGUCUGCUGGGGGUGAAGAGACGAAGGGCCUUAUCCAGUGUUUGAUCUGAAUGCUAAAAUACUGACCUUCCAGGCAAGAUGUGCUCACUGAGGGUAAAAGACUAGCAUGACCAUUAGAAGGUAACCAACUACUUUCUGAUUGUAUCUGAAGCCAGUUCCACAAGAAGGAAUUCGUGCCUGAUUACUGUAAAUCUGGUGAAAAGCUUGAGUCAGGUACUCAUAGGCCCUAGGGUAACCUAGUACUGUCCUUUUGCUACAUGCCCACACUGUCAAACUGCUUUCUAAAUGUUUACAAUCUAUCCCCAUAGAUUCAUACUGCUCUCAACCCUGGUCAGAGAAGCUGCUUUUUGCAAUGCACAGUACUUAAUGCAGAACUUAACAACUGGUCAAAGCGGCAAAAAAUAAGUGACUAUGAGUGCUCAGGCCGACGUGGGACAAUUAUCAUCUAUAUUACAAUUCACACCACCAGUCAGGGAACACUGACUGGGGCAUUGGGUUAUAAAACCUGGACAAUGCAAAGAAACAGCAUUAAAUGCCGAGUACUGGACAUGACAUGGUGUUGUCGUCAUAAAACCACAGACUGUAGUUACUUGACCUGUUCAGAAUCCACAGAUGACCAAGGAGACAAAAUUCCAGCAUGAGUGGGAAGGCGUUCAGGAGGUCCAACCCCUAUCUGAAGAUGACUGGCAACUGAUGGGACUGUGGUCACUGUGAAAUUGCUCAUGGUACAGUGGAUGGCCACACCUAUACACACACAGGCACUGCUAUCCGGGCUCAAAGGGUUAUUUCAAAAAGAAGUCAGUGUGGGAGUGGGCUAUGUUGUAUGUGUAUACGUGUAGACUGUUCAGAAGAAGUUGAAGGGAAGACGAAGAGGUGUAUUUGAUCAAAAUAUAUUAUAUGCAUGCCUGGAAUUCUCAAAAAUAAAGAAGAUAUUUAAGUAGACAUUUUUUGAAAGGAUAUAUGUAAAUGGAAAAUAAGCAGAAGAAGACAUGUCCACUGGUUUCCAAUCAGAACAAUAAUGAAAUAUCAUUUCAUUCCCCAUACAGAUGGCUAUUAAUAAAACCAGGCCACUAUGGGUCUCACUCAUGAUCUCAAUACUUGAGAGGCAGAAGACUGCCACAAAUUCCAGGCCUGCUGAGACUAUACAGUAACUUUGAGGCUAGCCAGGAAUAGUGUCUCACUAAAAGAAAAAAAGGAAGAAAAAUAAAAUAACAUAAUUACUACACGUCAAAGAAAUUUCAUUCUUGUGAAUGCAUCCCCAAAUAACUGAAAAUGGUUACCUAAUAAAUAUUUUAUGUGAAUGUUCAGAACAACACUGUCCAGAAUAGUCAACUAGAAACUAAAGGUCCAAUAAAAAUGAAUGAUGAGCACACUGGGAUUAAUUAGAAGGAGAGGAAAGAAAGGGAGGAGGGUAAACUUGGAGAAAGACAGUAGAUUGACAGUUGCCAGGGACUGGAUGGAAGUAAAUGAGGGAUAACUGCCUCUGUCGAGUUUUCUUUUCGGAAUGAAAAUGUUUCAGAUACAGAGGUUGUAUAAUAUUGUGAAUAUACUUAAAAAUGUUUAAUUAAUUAAAAAAACCUUUUGAGACAGGGUUUCAAGUGUCUCAAGCUGGCAUCAAACUUCCUAUGGAGAUGAGAACGAGCUUUCUAUUUUGAUUCUUCUGCUUCUUUCUCACGAGUGUUCCAAUUAUAAGAAUAUACCCCCACACUGGGUUAGUGAAGGAUAAGAAUCAAACCCAGGACUUCAUACACACCAGGCGAGCACUAUAUCAACACUGCAUACACUAUACCAACUAAACUACAUACACAGAGCACGAAAUACCAUUUUAUUGCUAACUUUCAAUUUUUCCUUUCAUAUGUAAAAUUUUCCUCAAUCUGAAAAACUUAAGAGAUAAAAAUAUCUAUAGGCACAGAGGCUAAAGUUAUUAAUAUCCAGGCUUCCUAUCUCAAGGGACAAGGAACGGACAGAGGCUAAAACACUGGCAGCAGUUGGUUCUACUGCAAAUAAGGUAACAAGGUUCACAUUAGGGAUCAUGUUUUGUUAUAAAAAUGGCCUGACAUUUGAUCUGUUUCAAUCAGAUUUGUUAAAGGGAACUUUCCAGAACCAUCAUGAAGCUACAAAUUGUACAAAGGUAGCAAAAUCAACAAACUCUUUCCAGAGUCAUCAAGCUCAUACCUGUCUCUAUUUUUUUUUUUUUUCUGGAUCAAAGAACCUUCUGAUUUUGUCAGGCCAUAAUGGUCUGCGAGAGCUGUCCUGCCCAUGUCUUAAAUGCUGCUCUUAUUAAUCCAUGGCCUGAAGUUAGGGGAGGAAUCAACUCCUGUUUUUCUCUUGCACUUUCUUUCUUCUCAUCCUUGCAUUUUUAUCGACCUUUCUCUCUCUCUUGUCAACCUCUGAGUCAAUGUCCACUUCAAACUUGAAGGCAAAAGCUCUCUGUACCCUCUGUCCCUAACACCAGUAAGGACAUGGACCUACUGUUCCAAAGAGAAGAUUCUCUGUCUUCAUACUUCUGCGCCCCAUUUCCAAGAACUGACUUGGUUGUGCCUCUAAUUUAUCCUUCCUUCCAUGAUGCUAGGCCUGUAACAAGUAGUCUGCCACUAAGCAAAACUCCCAGUCCACCGACCAUCACUUUUGUUUAUUUAGAGACAGGGUUUGAUUAGUCCAGGCAGGCCCUGAACUGUGUAGCUGAAGGUGGGCCAUAAACUUCGGUGUAUUUAGGAGAGCAGGAUAUAACCAGACAGAAAUCAAGAGCAGUGCACCACUUGAAGGAAAAGGAGGUUCUGGUGAGUCCCUAAUAUCACAAACUGCUCUAUAUUCAGAGCAUACUGAUGACCUAAGUUAUGACUACCAGCUUGCUGACAGGAAGGUGAGAUUAUAGGAAUGACAAGUCAGGUUUUAUACGUGUGUGUGUGUGCGUGUGUGUGUGUGUGUGUGUGUGUGUGUGUGUGUGCACGAGAACGCAUGUACGCACAAUCGAUUCUGAAUAUGCCUAUCACAGACCCACACCCUGAUUUAGCUUUCCCAGAAUCCCAAGCUCCUCUAAGUUUCAAGGGGUACAAACUGAGAAAAAGCAAAGGGGGAAAGGGGAGACCCAGAGGACAUGGAAGGGUGAAACCAGAAAGAGCUUUGGUAAGCACUCAGAACUCCAGAGAAUUCAGCCUACCUCAAGCCAUCCCUGAUGACUUAGAGCAAACACUCUUACCCUUAUCUCCAAAGCCUAACCGAAAACAUUCACCUAUGCGGAACAGCACAUUUCCCUCUUUCCCCUUCCUCAUUAACAAAGUCCUGUAUUUCACAUAAGAUACAGCCACAUCGCACUGUCUCCAGACUGCAGUUUCUCAAAUCCAUCAGCAAAAACAAAACAUCUUUUGGAUGGUGGAAGGAAGACAUGGGGAAGCAGAACUGGUCACUUGGAUCCUUGAACAGGGUAGGAGAAGGUUGGCAAUGGUAAUGAGCACUUGUUCCGGGACUCGGGAAGCUGAGGCAGUCUGGAGAGUGUCUCAAAAACCAAAGAAAACCCCCAAUGUGGGGAGAAGGUAGGGGUGGGGAUCGAGUACAUUGAGAAACUGCUACUCUGACCACAUUAGCUGCUUAGUCAGUGAUUAACACUCCCUCAAGUGAUAAAUACUUUACAGAAUUAUAAAAUGAACUAAGUCGACAGAUUGAUGGGAAAGUAACUUACCUGUUAAGCCC